AUGUACACACCAGCAGAGGAGACUGGUGUGUUGAGAGCUACUGGAGGGGCGAAUGGAGGGGCUACCGCGCGCACCCAAUCUGUCCACGCCGGGGAUCGCCGGUGCGGUGGACGGUUUUGGGCGCUAGCGGAGGAGGACGACGCGGAUGGAGAGGCGGACGAUCCGCCAUCGCCGCCGUCGCCUACGCCGUCGGACCACGUUAAUGACUGGUUCAAUGCCGGCUAUUCAGAGGAGGAGGUGGCGUCUGCGAUCGAUGAUGUUCUACCUAUCCAUGAUCCGGCCAGGUUGGGGAUCGACGCGGGCGAGAAGAUAGAGAUGGUCCGCCGGAGAACCUCGUUGGCGGCGAUCAAGCCAUGGAAAGGCCCUCUUCCUAAGGUUCUCUUCCGGGCUACUGCGCUAAUCCGACGGAGGCCAGGGCGUGUUUGGUUACUGGAUCUGUCCGGUGGGAGAUGGUAGCGCGGGAUUUAUUCAACCGGUUUGGAUGGCGGUCAUGUAAUAGGAUAGGCGCGUAGUUUACCUAUCUCUCUUUACUAUGCCAGCCGGUUGUGGCUUUUGGGCCUUGUUUUAUUUUGCUUGCUCUGUGUGAGCUAGUAUCCUUUAUUGCAGCACUUUGCAAGACAUUGUUGAACUACUUUAUUUAUUUAUAAAUGUGGCCGUAUGCAUCUGUCUGAUGCAGAGGCCGGGGAAACCCCCUUUUCAAAAAAAAUAAGAGCAUGUCCAA